AUGUCCAAGAUCUUCAAUGCGCACAUUAAUGUUGAGUACUGCAAUACAGUGAAAUCGAUUAAGUACAUAUGUAAAUACGUCAACAAAGGUAGCGAUCAGGCAGUAUUCGGGCUGGAACGGCAAGAAAUGAGGAGGGAUGAGGUUUCAAGGUACAAGAUUGGAAGAUACAUCUGCAGCAGUGAAGCAACAUGGUGUAUUCUCGACUUCCCGAUUCAUCACAGGUAUCCACCAGUAGAGCAUUUGUAUCUGCACUUGGAGAAUGGGCAAUGUGUGUAUUUUACCGAAGACAACGUAAGAGACAGAAUAGCAGAGCCACCUAGAACUACUUUGACAGCAUUCUUCGACCUUUGCCGAGAAGACGACUUUGCCAAAACUCUUUUGCAUUGCAAUGUGUCACAUAACUACAGAUGGGACAGAUACAGUAAGAAAUGGAAACGACGCAUCCAGGGCAUCCAUGUGGAAGGAAAUCCAGGAAUCAAGUCAUGCGACACUCUUGGUAGAGUGUACACUAUCCACCCAAGCGCAUUUGAAUGCUAUUGCUUGCACCUUCUCCUUCACAUAGUCAGAGAGCCGACAUCGUAUGAAGAUCUUAGAAUGGUCAAUCAAUUCAAUUGUGCAACUUUCAGAGAAGCUUGCUCGAUGAGGGGUUUGUUGGAGAAUGAAGGUCACUGGAGCGCAACUCUAGAAGAAGCUGCUCUCAGUCGCUCUCCCCGCAUGCUGAGAAAUCUGUUUGGCACUAUGCUCGUCACGUGUGGGCUGGGAAACUCAAAAAGCCUGUGGGAUAAACGUAAAGAGAGCUUAGCCGAAGACAUACUACUUGAGGUUCGCUAUCAGAAUCGUAGCCAAGAACCUUGCUUCAACCAAGCACUCAUACUGUUGGAAGACAUAGUUAUUAGAUUAAGAGGCCACGAGCUUAGAACGUAUGGUCUGCCGACACCUCAGAGAGACCAGCAUGUAUGCAAUUGCAGAGACUUGAUCAGAGAUACCAACUAUGACCAAGAUGAGCUUACAGCGUACGUAUCAAGCAACAAACCAUUACUGGCGCCAGACAAAGCUGCGGCUUAUCACGUCAUCCUAGACAACAUGCAUAGUGGAUCUCGUGGUAUUAUCUUUCUAGAUGCACCUGGUGGCACAGGCAAGACGUUCCUCCUCAAUCUUUUACUUGAAAAGGUGAGGCAACAAAAGAAAAUGUUGUUGCUGUUGCUUCAUCAGGAAUUGCGGAAACUUUGCAGGACUGCCCACUCAGCUUUCAAACUUCCGUUAAACUUGGCACAUACGGAGACGCCAACCUGUAAAAUCGCUAAGGGUACAGGAAUGGCCACAAUACUAAAGCAAUGUCAGUUGAUUGUGUGGGAUGAGUGUACAAUGGCAAACAAGCUGGCGCCGAAGGCUCUUGAUCGCACGCUAAGAGAUAUCAGAGAAACACAACAAGCAGCCUUUGGCGGUGUAACCGUUUUACUUGCUGAUGAUUUUCGGCAAACUUUGCCAGUCAUACAGAGGGGAACCCGGGCAGAUAAACUUUCAGCUUGCCUUAAAUCUUCUUUUCUAUGGCAGCAAGUCCAAACUCUCACCCUGUCUACUAACAUGAGAGUGUAUCUUGAAGGGGACGCAACAGUGGGAGAGCUUACAUCGAUGCUGCUAUCAAUUGGAAACGGCGAACUGACUGCUGAUGAGAGCGGACUGGUAACCAUACCACCCGGAUGUGGAGAAUUAGUUAACGGUGUAGAGGCUCAUAGCAGAAAAGUCUUCCCCAACUUGACUGUAAACUACAAGAACCACAAGUGGUUGUGCGAGCGUGCCAUCCUUGCACAAAGAAAUGACAUGGCCAGCAAAAUCAAUGAAAAACUUCUUAUGCAAUUGCCUGGAAAAGAACAGCUGCUAAAGUCUAUUGACAAAGUUGUGGACAUGUCGGAUUCUGUGCAGUAUCCAACCGAGAUUCUGAAUUCCUCAGACCUUCCUGGCAUGCCACCGCAUAAUCUUAGAUUGAAAGUAGGGUGCCCAGUUAUGCUUCUCCGAAAUCUGGAUGCACCCGAUCUUUGCAAUGGAACACGACUCAUCGUUAAACAGACUUUGCCGCAUGUUCUUGAAGCCACCGUACUGACAGGACAAGCUCAAGGAAAAGACAUCUUUAUACCAAGAAUACAACUCAUACCAUCGGACCUUCCGUUGCAAUUUAAACGACUGCAGUUUCCACUAAAAGUUUGCUUUGCAAUGUCCAUCAGUAAAUCACAAGGUCGAUCAUUGAAAGUUGUUGGUUUUAAACGAGGUCAAGUGCGACGUUAUGGACUAAACAAUUCAUUUUGCAAAAUAGAUUUCAUAUUCUAUUUAGACGUCAUUAACCGAAAUGCAAGUCGCCAGCAAGUGCACGUCCAUUCAGGACAACAGCCAGUAUUUUGUAUCAGACCGAAUGACAGCGAUAUCAUCACUCCAUCUCCUCAAGUUCAUAUUUUCUUGUUGAAAGAGGUAACUGACGGCAAUACUACAACUUUCUACAAAUACAUUGCACGUGAUCGGCAAAGCUACAGCAGUGGUCCAAUCAACAUUGAGGGUUACGACAACGAUAUUAUCUAUAUCUCAAUAUACACAUGCUUUAUCUUUCUUGGUUCAACGAAAGCAAUCAUCUGGCUAUAUCACAACCGUUGA